UUCUCUCUCUCUCUCUCUCUCUCUCCCAAAAAGGAAAAAGAAAAAGGAAAAAAAAAUGUGCCAUCCAAAUCAAUCCAGAGAAGAACCAAGCCUCGAAACACCAUUCAUCGUCCCCAAGAGCUCAAAGAAGCUUCAAAAAACAGAGCAGACGACAGUCAAAGAGUACUCUGUUUCUGUCAACAAUGGCUUCGCUCUCGAGAUCAAAGAAGCAAUCGCCAUUGCCAAGAUCUCUGUCCCGAUGGUCCUGACGGGUCUUCUCCUCUACUCUCGUUCCUUAGUCUCCACUCUCUUCCUCGGCCGUCUCGGCGACUCCGCCCUCGCCGGCGGCUCCCUCGCCCUCGGCUUCGCCAACAUCACCGGUUACUCUGUUCUCUCCGGUUUAGCCAUGGGAAUGGAACCCAUCUGUUCCCAAGCUUUUGGCGCCAAACGCCAUAGCCUACUCGACCUUGCUCUCCGUCGCACCAUCCUCCUUCUCCUCCUCGCCUCCCUCCCCAUUUCUCUCCUCUGGUUCAACAUCAAGGCCAUCCUCCAGUUCUUGGGUCAAGACGUGGCUCUUGCCUCUGAGGCUCAAGUGUUUCUCGUUUACUCGAUUCCUGACCUCUUGGCCCAAUCUUUCUUGCACCCUUUGAGGGCUUAUCUCCGAACUCAGGCCAAGACGCUUCCUUUAUCCAUCUGCGCGGCUGUCGGGGUCGUUCUUCACGUGCCCAUCAACUUCUUCCUCGUGUCUUACCUCCAACUGGGGAGCAAAGGCGUGGCCUUAGCCGGCGUGUGGACCAACUUCAACAUCGUCUUGCUGCUUCUCCUCCACGUUAUCUUCUCCAACAAAGCCGUAAAGGAGGAGACUUUCAGUGGUUUCUCCGAUGAUUCUUCCGCGGGAUGGAGAAAGCUUCUAACCCUAGCAAUACCCAGUUGCCUAUCGGUGUGCCUCGAGUGGUGGUGCUACGAGAUCAUGAUAUUGCUUUGUGGGUUUCUCUUAAACCCUAAAUCCACCGUUGCUUCCAUGGGGAUUCUCAUCCAGACAACUGCCCUCAUCUACAUUUUCCCUUCUUCUCUCAGCUUCGGCGUCUCCACUCGCGUCGGUAACGAACUGGGCUCCAACCAGCCCGACAAAGCAAGAAGAGCCGCCAUUGUUGGCCUCGGAAUCAGCUUCUUCCUCGGAUUCACAGCUUUGUCGUUCACGUUCUCGGUCAGGAACAUAUGGGCAAAGCUCUUCACAGAAGACGAAGAGAUCAUCACGUUGACCUCGAUCGCUCUCCCUAUCAUCGGCCUUUGCGAGCUCGGGAACUGCCCUCAGACCACAGGUUGCGGCGUGUUGAGGGGAACGGCCAGGCCGAAGGUCGGAGCUAACGUCAACCUGGUCGCAUUCUACGCGGUGGGGAUUCCGGUCGCGGUGGCUAUGUCGUUCGGUCUUGGCUUCGGUUUCAUAGGACUGUGGCUUGGGAUGUUGGCUGCACAGAGCUCGUGCGUGGUGGCCAUGAUGCUGGUCACGUGCCGUACGGAUUGGCACGUGGAGGCCGAGAGGGCGAAGGAGCUCACGGCGGCUGGCGGCGGCGAUGUGGAAGAGGGGAAAGUGAAUAGAGAUGGUCCUACUGAAUGUUUAUCUGUUUGAUUUGAUGCUUUCUUUCUUUUUUUACCUUUUGGGGGGAAUUUUGGAAGAUUAUUAUUUGUACAUAUCAUAGGAAAAUUAUUUGAAAACAGAGAAAAAUUCUUUGUUAUAAAAAAAUGCAUGUGGAGCCAAUAUGUUGUAUCAAAUUAUUUUGCCAUUCUUAGAUCAA